CUAGCAUUCGAUGAAAAGAACUCGCUAAAACUCAAAAAGUAGACCCUCUCCGCCAGUUAUACAUCUACUUCUCCCAUGCCCUCUUUCUAGCAGCUCUUCUUGUAUCUGAUCUGUUCUCCCUAUCGACUUCCUCACCAUCCCUAUUUCUGCGCGUGCAUACUUACUCCUUGGAAGCUGACGACGACCUUGUUUUUCUACUCGCGCAUACCAUCAUUUGGCCUCUCACCCUCUUUCCCGCCCAAUUCCUUCUCGGUUUCCAGCAGCUUCAGCUCCGGAAACCCGAAACUAACGACAGUCAUGAUCAACCGUACGGUCGCUCGUUCGGCCAUCAAGGCACUAAACACAACAGCCCGCCCGGCAACAAGCUCGACAUUCAUCCGCCCACUCUCCUACACCACGGCGCGAGCCAACAAGAAAAAUGAUCCCAAGGACGACCCCAUUCUGGCUGCCACCAACAAAGCUCCCGAAGGUGCUUCCGGCGAACAUGAGGGCCAAUUCGCCCGUACCGAUGAAAGUGUGCAGAUCGAGUAUCCACCCGACAGCGAGAUGCCUGCCCAACCCGUCGUUCAGGGCCGCGGUGGCAUGCAUUUCAAGCGCACCCUGGCUCAAUUCUCGCUCGAGAAUAAGGUCAGCAUGGUGACCGGCGGUGCGCGCGGUUUGGGUCUAGUUAUGGGUCAGGGUUUAGUGGCGUCCGGCUCGGAUUUGGCUAUUGUGGAUUUGAACAAGGCCGAGGCCGAAGAGCAGGCUCAGAAGCUUGUCGAGCAGUUCCGCAAAGAGAACCCGGGUCUAGAGGAUAUGCCCAAUGUCACAGCACACUACGCAGAUGUCUCAAAUCCAGACUCCGUCAACGAAGCCCUCGCCGAAGUCCUUGCCAAACAUCAACGCAUCGACAACCUCGUCACAUCCGCCGGUUUCACCGAGAACUUCGACGCGAUCAGCUACCCAUUCGACCGCAUGAAGAAACUCUGGGGCGUCAAUGUCGACGGUACAUACCUGUUCGCUACGGGGGUGGCUAAGCACCUGAUGGAGCGUAAUGCUCCCGGUAGUAUCGUCAUGAUUGGAUCCAUGUCUGGCUCGAUCGUCAAUGUGCCCCAGCCCCAGGCACCGUAUAACGCGGCCAAGGCAGCGGUGCGUCAUCUGGCAGCGUCGCUGGCUGUUGAAUGGGCCGGCCAUGAUAUUCGGGUUAACUGCAUCAGCCCUGGUUACAUGUUGACUGCUCUCACCCGCAAGAUCCUCGAUGAGAACCCCCAGCUGCGCGAUAAGUGGACCUCCCUCAUUCCCGUUGGUAAGAUGGGGACACCCGAGGAUCUGAUGGGUGCCGUGACCUUCUUGCUUAGCGAUGCCUCCAAGUAUAUCACGGGCGCGGAUCUUCGUGUCGACGGCGGAUACACCCUUACUUAGGUGUCACGCCUCAAUGCUGGAGUGCAUAUAUCUAUCUUUACCUCUAAAUGCAUGGUCAAUGGAUUGUUUCUGCUUUAUCAUGGAUGCAAUUUCGAGCGAUUUUCCUUUCAGUUUUUUCAAAUCUCUCUUUUUAUUAGUCUGUCGAAACGGCUCCUCUGUUACUCCAAAUUGACACAAAACAUGUUCUGUCUGUUAACCCUACUCGCCGCCCAGGCCCUCUAUACUACA